GAAGAGCUGAAGGAGCAGGUUGGGGACAGAUCCUCCUGGAGAAGGUCUACCCAUAGGAGUCGAAAACGACCUGAUGGCACAUCGUCAAUUCGGAAAGGAAGCCGCCUGGGGUCCCCAAGGCUUUCGCAGGUCUCUGGGCGCAGCAGCCUUCCUCAGCGGUCCUCCCGCUCCCCCCUUUCGGCCAGGACAAGAGGCGCAAUCCAACGCAGCGCCAGGAGCACCCCUUUCAGACGCCUCGGCGCCCAGCCUCUGGACCUCAGAGAGGAACAUCUGUCUGAAGACUCAAGAACUUUACUUAUUGGUCAAAUGACAUCAGGGUGGCAACAUGGUGAGUUUGCUGAUUAACAGAAACUGCAUGGAAAGUUUGCGGAAGGACAUCACUGAUCUCCAAGGGACUGUCAUCAGCGUUUUCUCCCAUGCUGGAGCAGUGCGCUUUCCUUCCUGGAAAUUUCCAGAUAAAAUGUCCUGUGACCUGGACUUGGUGGCUUUGAUGGAAUAUUAUGACUUUGUCGAGAAUGACCCUGAAUUUACACAGCACUCCCAUGUGGUUCUUCUGGAACUAGUGAUUGACAGGCUUCUGCUGCUGCUCCAGAGCUUCACGGGAUACACCGAGGGCCUCAUCAGCAAGGAAGCUGUGCCCCCAUCCCGGGCGGUAGGACCUUCCAUGUCCGUUGGGCUGGCUGUAAGGAAGUCCUGGAACAGUAUGCUGAAGCUGGGGGCCCUUUAUCAGCAGCUGGCGGAUGAGAAACAGUACACCAAAGACAACGCUUCUAGUCUAAAAUGUUCCUUCCAGGCCACAAAAGCUGAGAAUGAGCGUGUAAAAAGUGGGUCUCCUGAGUCAGAUCUGACUUUGCGCAGCUUUCAAUCUUCCCCUUUAACCUAUUCGACUAGCAGCAGGCUGCUGGACCAUGCCCUCAGUGCCUGCUCUGAUCACAAGUCAGCUUAUGAUGCUCUUCUGCCUGCCCGGAGUGUCCACUCGCAGACAAUUGAGAGCUCUUUGGUGCCCUGCGAUGCAUGUGAAAGCACCCAGGUCAGCCUCCAGGAAGUGGGAAAGUCCAUUAUUGCCAUCUGCAACACCCUGAACAUCCCUUCUUCCCUGGGCAAGUUCCUCAGGUUAGUGCAGGAAAGCCUUGGUAGCAAGCUUCUCACAGCCACAGAUGUCAGCUACUGGGCCACCGAGCAGAGCAAGGACCUCUCCCGGAUCAACAAGCAUAUCCAGAUGGUGAUGGGACUCAUUAAUCCUUUGAAAGGAGAAUUGGAAGAGUCUGAGAAGCAAAAGGACGAGCUGAAGAAGCAGCUGGAGAACCUGGACAGUUGUCUGCAGAAGGAAAAAGAUGCCAAGAGGGAAGAGAUCAAGCUGGUCUUACAAAAAAAGGAGAGAGAGGGCCAGCAACUGGUGGCUGAGCUGCAGAGGGCGAAGGAGGACGUUGAAAAACGAGCUGUUUCUCUGGAGAAAAAUCUCUCGAACUUGAAAGAAAAGCUUCAGGCACAGGAAGCCACCAUCCAGGAACUGGAACAGGCCAGGAGUGAUCUGCAGCAGGAGAUGAAGUCCAAGAUGGUGGCCAAGAGCGAGGUGGAGAAACGGGAGGAGCAGCUGGAGAUCCUUACCAGCCAACUGCAGAGAGCGGAGCAGCAGCUGAACGGGACCGCUGUUGAGCUCAAUAAGGAAAGGGCCAGGGGGGAAAGCAUGCUCCAGCACAAAGAGUCCCUCCAGGCCAAGCAACGGACGCUAAUGCAGCAGCUGGAUAGUCUGGACCAAGAAUGCGAGCAGCUGAAGACCAGCCUGGCUGACGGGGAGGAUGACCGGCAGAUGAUGAGGGAGCGGUUGAAGGAGGUCCAGGAGGAAAAGUGGGAGAUCCAAGGCCGGCUGGAGGCCCAGAAGAAGCUUACUGAGAAACUGAAGCAGGAAAAGCUGAGCCUGGAGCAGUCCAUGUCUGAACUGAAGAGGACCAUCUCUGAAUUAGGAAAGCUGAUCCAUGAGAUGAAGGAGAAGGAGAAACUUUUGGUGUUCUUCCCAGAUCUUCAUGUCCCUGUCGAGACCCAGUUUGAAACCACCGGAGAUGUCACGGAAGACAUGGGGAAGCAGCUCCAGGCCAACAACAUCCGCAUCAGCAUCCUGGAGGAAGAGAACUCGCGCCUCCGAGGUGCUAUAACCAAAAUGAAAGAGUCAGCCCAGAAGGAGGCCCAGAAGUUUGUACUUCCAAUCCAGCUGUGGAUUCGGUCUGCCGAAAAAACUGGUCACCAAGACAGUGAGAUGCAUCCUCCUAUGGGAUACCCCGGAGGGACCAGCUUUCAGGGACAGGCUUCCAGGCCUCCGACCAACAGCAGCACCACGGGAAGCGCAGCCCGAAGCAGAUCUCGGAACAGUCCUGCCAUUUGCAAAGACGGUCCUGUCUCCCAUCGGACUUCCAGCAACAAGUUGCCAAAGCCGCCCUUGGGGGAUACUACACGGGAGGCAGCAUUCAAGUUUUCGUACAAGGAGGCAGGAGGCAACAGUUACUCCCGAGGAAAAGAGAGAGGCAGGAAUCCGCCCCCGCCAGGCUACUGUACCCGCAACCACCAAAAAUAAAGACCCUUCAGAGAAGCGCAUUCAGAAGGAUGCCAGGCGCAUCGCUGGGGCCUCAGAGGUGCAGUGCAGGGGUGUGGUAGCAGGGAAGCAAAAUGCUGGAUGACCCCAUGGGAGAAACAGGCUUGGAAACCUCCCGCUGUCCCCGUCAUUGACUGAACAUAGUUAUAAACUUUGUGAUGGGAACUCCUCUGGCUGGCCUUCCCUCUUUACUAGGUUGCAGGGCAAGGAGUGGACAGCGGAGGUCUGGAUCAGGGCCUUUGUCAUCUAGCACGAGUCUUCCCUCGCUUUCUUUGCAGCAUAAAGCCUUCACGGCCCGCCCUUAAAAAACAGCCACCCCACAUUGGAAGUUGGGUUUAACAAAAUAUACACGCUUUCCUUUUGUAUUUGUGUUCGAGAUUAUAACUGUCCAGAAAAAAGGCUGACAGA